AAAUUCUAAAAAAAAAUCCAAACAAUUAAAAAUACCACAUUGAUACCAUAUUGGUGGCGACCUCUGUCGGCAGUGAGGGGAUUGAUGUCCCGGACUGUAACUUUAUCAUCACCUACAACUACACCGGAAACGAGGCGAGCGUUAUCCAGAUGAGCGGUCGAGCACGCAGACAUGGUUCAACUGUAGCUCACAUAUCUGACCAGACUAUCCAGAGACGCGAGGAAGUCAGUCUUCAGAAGGCUAGACUAAUGGACGAAGCUUUCCGACGACUGUACAUGAUGCACCCAGAUGACUGUAUGGGUAACAUCCUCAAAUACCAAUCUGAGAUACGAAACGUUGACGAUUCGCUUUCGGUGGACGAAACGAGCAAAGCCAAGAAACCUUUCCAGUUAAUAUGCUUUAAAUGCCACGCCGAGGCCGUCAGCAACACUGACUUGAGGUUAUAUGUCGGACAGCAUCGUGUUGUGACAAAUCCCGACUUCCGGUCUCGUUGUGAGUUUGACACCAACUCGACGCCAUCUAGGUACACCAUAUCAAUCAUCAGGUGCGCCAAAUGCAAGCUGAAGUGGGGAACAACCUUCAAAAUCGAGAAGCUGGAGAUCCCCGUCCUGAAAGUGACCGCCUUCUUGUUUACGACGGGAGGCGAGGAGCCUCAUCGAUUCAAGAAAUGGGGAAAAGUCAGCCUCUAUAUUGAAAGCAUCGACAAACAGGAACUUCUGGAUAUAUACAAAGACGCUCCUGAAUUAGAAGAACCGGACGACUGAAGAAACGAAAAAAAAAUAAGGCCAUCUGUGACGAAUAUUGUCAUACAUACUAUCUAUAAU